GAAUUCAUUUGAAAGCCAAUCUCGUCUGAUCAUGUGAUGAUGGACAACCGCCGUAAUGAGACGUCCGAGAGAAUCCUGGAUCUCACGCUUGAAAUGAUCUACGUGCUGACCGGACAGGAUUAUAUUCUCAUAAAGAAGCCGUGCAAAUGUGCGACACACGGCCGGGCUCCUCAUCUGUCAAAGGGAUCCUCCAGGAACCAGAACUCCUCUCAGUCGCUGACACCCAAGGAGAACGGCGAGAAAAAGAUCCUGGAACUGACCGGCAAGAUCAUCCAGCUGCUGACCGGACAGGUUUCUCUGCAGUGUGACGAUUUGGCCGUCUAUUUCUCCGUGGAGGAGUGGGAUUACGUAGAAGAACACAAGGAACUUUAUAAGGGCGUGAUUGUGGACUCUCGCCAGCCCCAACACUCGCUGGGAGAUGCGGAGCGGCGUCCUCGCGAAUGGCGUCCUAUCCCUGUGUUUUCAUCGGAUUGUAUAAAUCCGGGUCAAAGUGACCUCAAAAAACUUCCGACGGUGAAUAAUCCGCAGAAGAGGCCGAUUAGCCCCGUAGGAGAUGAGCAAGACUGUUCAGCGUCGCGUAACGUAGGAAAUCCCACUGACGUUCCUCAACCUCCCAGAGACGUACGUGGAGAGCUCGGCCCUCCCCGCGCUCAAAAGCAGUCGGCCCCCCGCACUGCAGACGUUUAUACCCCAGCGAUAGAACGUCCGCCCGGCCCCCACGAGCCUAAACCAGUCCUAGAGGAAAGAGUAACGCUCCCAGGUGUUUCCUCACCUGAAGGACGUUCCCGGGCAGAAGAUAUCGCUCUACGCAUCACGGACGUGAAAUCCUUAAGCCAGGAACGCGACGAGACGACCUUCCAUAAUGAAACGGCCGGGGGGAAGGAGAGGACUACGCUGGAAAAGAUGGAGGCGAGGAGUGGGCCUGACUCGGAAUUGAGAAACCCAGGUAGAGAGAAACGGUACUCGUGUUCCCAGUGCGGGAAUUGUUUCACCGAACGCUUCCAUCUCGCCGAGCACCAAAAGAGCCACGCGGCGGAUAAACCGUUCUCUUGUUGCGAGUGUCCGGAGCGUUUUACCGACAAGCCAAGUCUCUUCAGGCACCAGUUGGCCCACACGGAGGAGAAAGAUUACACGUGCCCGGAGUGCGACAGAACCUUCCUCUACGAGUCGAGGUUCGUUAGGCACCAGAAGGUCCACCUGAAAGCGAAGCCAUUCUUGUCCUCCGCCGCCGCCGAACCGUUCCCGUGUUCCGAGUGCGAGCAAAGCUUCUCCGACAAGCCGAGGCUUUUCAGGCACCAGUUCAUUCACCUGCACAACUCGCAGAAGGCUUUCCCGUGCCCGGAGUGCGGGAAGAUCUUCCCUUCCGAGGCGCGCUUGACCACCCACCAGAGAGCUCACGUGAAGAAGAGGAAGACCCCGUUCGUGUGCGGCGAAUGCGGCAAAAGCUUUCAGCAGAGGGCGUUCCUCCUACACCACCAGUGGACUCACACGGGCGUGAAAGCGUUCGCCUGCGAGUGCGGCAAGCGCUACACCUCGCAGUCGGCCCUCUGCAGCCACCAGCGGGUCCACACAGGGGAGAAGCCCUACGUGUGCUCAGAAUGCGGGAAGCGCUUCCAUAAGAGGUCCAUACUCAACUCGCACAUGGCGGUCCACACGGGAGUGAGACCUUACUCGUGCUCGGAAUGCGGGGUCUCUUAUUACAACAAAAAAACUCUAACUAAGCAUCAGUUGACCCAUCAAAAAGAGAAGUCGGACGCCCUCCAGAAUUAAUUACGCAAAACGCUACUGAUUACGCAAUUUCUAUACGUUUGUCCAUCA